GCGCUCACAAACUCGUACACCCAGACCGAGUGCAAGAGGAACACACAGACAACCAGGCAGAGAGAAGUGCCUUCUUUCGCUGACCCCUUUGGCUGUUUGGCUCCACUGAAGCCGCCUCUGCCUCCGUGCCUGUCCAUGUCUGCUGGAGUUGCCAGCCUCGCCAGGAGCCCCAGGACUGCCAGGACUGCCAACCCCGUCCACUGAGCCAGCCUCCGCACCACGGACACCUCCCUCCAUCUCCUGCUCUGUCCGUCCGCCAGACCUCUCUCCAUCCAUGCCACUCAGCCCUCCUCUGUGGAAGUCAACCACUCCUCCUUCCACCGCAGACACAGCCAGAUACUGAAGACAGACAGCUUUUAUCGGCUGCUGUGAGGGGAAGGAGAUCGUCUCUUUUGCUGUCCCCUUCUCCUCCUCAUCCUUCUCCUUCUGUCCCUCUUCCUCCUCCUCUCCUCCUCUCCUCCAGCCCUGCGCCUUUUCAUCAUGGGCCAACUCGAUCGAUAAUGUGUUUUGCCAUUCGUCUCAUCUGACAGUUCGGCCGAGGAGCGAGGCGAUAGAGAGGACUGGCGUGUGUGUGUUGAGUGAGUGAGAACGAGGGAGAGAUUACAAAGCAAACCUCUGUGGCCGCCACCAGCCCAGGCCCUGGGUGACAGGUGCUGAAGGAUUCCUAUUACAGCCACAAACAGACUCUAAGGAUGGGCCGCAGGUGGUAGGCGAGUCCCAGGCCUCACGGGCUUCACCUCAGAAUCAGACCCUGGGGACAAAACUCUUAAAACCGUCUUUUUCCCAUGUCCUUUACCUAUUCUUUCUCAUCACUUGUCCCAGUGUCAUUACAAACAUACAGACGCACACAUAAUUACAUUUUCCGGACACCUACUCCUCUCAAUCGGCCCCUCCUGCCUGGUUCAAAAUGGCGGUGAAUGUGACACCGAUCCGGGACACGAAGUGGCUGACGCUGGAGGUUUGUCGGGAAUUCCAGAGAGGAACGUGUUCACGACCGGACAGCGAGUGCAAGUUCGCCCACCCUGCCAAGAGCUGUCAAGUGGAAAACGGCAGAGUCAUUGCCUGUUUUGACUCACUCAAGGGCCGCUGUUCCAGGGAGAACUGUAAGUACCUGCAUCCUCCUCCACACCUAAAGACGCAGCUGGAGAUCAAUGGAAGGAACAACCUCAUCCAGCAGAAAAACAUGGCCAUGCUGGCCCAGCAGAUGCAGCUUGCCAACGCCAUGAUGCCCGGCACACAGCUACAGCCAGUGCCCAUGUUUUCAGUCACACCCAGCCUUGCAACCAAUGUCAACGCUGCUGCGGCGGCGGCCGCUGCGUUUAACCCUUACCUUGGCCCCGUGUCGCCCGGCCUGAUGCCCGCUGACAUCUUGCCCAGCGCCCCCGUACUGGUCACCAGCAACCCCAGCGUCCCCGUACCAGCUGCUGCCGCUGCCGCUGCACAGAAACUCAUGAGGACAGACAGACUGGAGGUAUGUCGGGAAUACCAGCGGGGUAACUGCACACGUGGCGAGAACGACUGUCGCUUUGCCCACCCUGCAGAUAGCACUAUGAUUGACACCAACGACAACACAGUCACUGUGUGUAUGGACUACAUUAAGGGCCGCUGCUCGAGGGAGAAGUGCAAGUACUUCCACCCCCCGGCUCACCUGCAGGCCAAGAUCAAAGCCGCCCAACACCAAGUCAACCAGGCAGCGGCUGCUGCAGCCAUGACUCAGUCGGCUGUCAAAUCACUGAAGCGACCCCUCGACGCAACUUUUGACCUGGGGCUCCCUCCCGUCUUGCCUCCUUUACCAAAGAGACCUGCACUUGAAAAAGCCAACGGUGCCACCACUAUGUUCAAUGCUGGCGUAUUCCAGUACCAACAGGCCCUGGCCAACAUGCAGUUUCAGCAGCAGGCUGCCUUCAUACCAUCAGGCUCGAUAUUGUGCAUGACACCUGCAACAAGUGUUGUACCCAUGAUGCACGGUGCUACUCCAGCCACUGUGUCUGCAGCCACCACAUCUGCCACAAGUGUUCCCUUUGCAACUGCAACAGCCAAUCAGAUUCCAAUAAUAUCUGCCGACCAUCUGACUAGUCACAAGUAUGUGACCCAGAUGUAGGAGUCUCAAUCAGAACAAUGGAACUGGAGCGUGCUGGUGUCGAGUCCAAGAUUAGCGGUCACCCAUCAUGCCUGUAACAUCGAGAGAAACACGGAGAGCCAAAUCUCAGUUGGCUUGGAAUAAAUCUGCAUGUUAACAUAGGCGGCACAGUUUGUCAGGAUGGUUUUCAUGUGUACUUCAUGCACACUAUUACACAACAACCGAAAAGAACACCAUUUGCAUCAAAGACUGCCUUUCGCUCUGUAGAGGCAACUUACCUUUAUUCACCGGACACACUUUGAAUGUCAACAUGAGGUAAAUGUGUGGAGCAGUCAUCAAAAAAAAAAAAAAAAAGCGGCUGGAUUGGCACGUCCAUUGACCAAGAAUCAUGACUUGUGUUUGUUUGGUCUUUGACCUAAACGUGUUCAUUUGUUUACACAGAGGUGCACCUUGUAUUUCAGUUGGGGUGAACGAAAUCUGACUGAACCACAUAUGCAUGCACGGCGGUUUUCUUUAUGAUUUGAUUGCGUUAAACCAGUGAGAAGGGAAAUGACAUGAGUGCACUCAGAGGCAAAAUAGCAACUGAAUGUCUGUGAGGUGUCUUUCAAACCUUUGUAGCCUACCUUUCUAGUAUCUCUUAAGCACAUGUCUUUAACCGCGCGGGCAUCCCUGUAAAGUGCCAUACAUCUCAAUACACAUGAAUGGUAUUUAAGCAGUGUUACAAAGUGUUCAACUCAACAAUUCCCUUUAAUACGUCGAUUUUCUCUCUUGGACAGCAUGUAGUGUCCAAUGUCGUGACCUGUCAUUACCUGUGAUUCCCAAUAGCACCACUGCUGAUUAGAUCACCUUCCCCAAAUUGUCUGCUUUACUCAAAUCUUCUACUGAAUGAUUUUUUUUUGUUGUUGUUGUUGUUGUUGGUGGGAAACGACUGGAUCUGUGCUGACACAGAUCCCUCCACGAUCAUUAAGUCUAAAGACUCUAAAGGUCAGAUGAGCUGUAUGUGGGGGUCAUGGCGAGCGAGCGCGAGAGACCAAAGACUCUCCUAAAGAUGAAGACGUUGCGAUGACUAGCUUUGAAGCAACGGGCCGGUCGGUUGGUAUCCAAACUGCUGUGAGACGGAAGUCACAAUCGGUGCAACCGGCGAUGCGAUUUGUACGACGUGAUUCGUUUUUUAUGUUUGUAUGGUUUUGCAUAUUUCAAGGCAGAUCGUCAAAGUAGAGUCAGUGUAGUGUAUAUAUAGUCUGGCAUAUUUAAGAAUAUUUGUUUAAUACGUCUACCUGAGAACUGUUUUCAGAUAGUCAGCCAAAGUCUUUUUGUGUCACUGUUACUAGAUAUUGCAGGUGGGCCGGCGGGACGGAACUGUCGAGACGCGUGGGCCGCGUUAGCGAGCUCGAAGAAAGGUCGGGCGUAAAGAGUAGAUCUCUAGAACUCGUUGUUUUCGUUGUGUUCUGGGUGUUCUUCAGGCAUAUUUAAUUGGUGGAUAGUACAGGGAAAGUGGCAAGAAUAUAAACGAUUGUAUUACUCAUCCAAAGCCUUAGAAUGUACCAUCGGGUCAGCACAAUGCAACAUGCCAUUUUGAACCAUCCAGUUGCCUAAUCCACGCCAUAUUAACACACACACAUACACACAUGCACACAUGCACUCACACACACACACACACACACACACACAGAGCACUAUGUAAUUGUCACUUUUUUUGUCAGCGUUUUCUUAACCUUCUGGUAGUUUUUCUUUAGAUGAGAAGUGUUUUACUUUAUUUUGUCCGGAUGAUAUUUUGAUAUUUAGUUCUGAUUUUUUUUAGUUUUGCUUAUUAUAUUUAUCUUUCUUAUAAUGAAUAUAAGGUAAAAGUGUGUGUUUGUGUGUUCCUCAUGCACAGUUUCCUGAAAUUCCAUGUAAUGUUAAUUUUAGUAUGAUUAUGAUUGUAAACUCAAUAUUUUCUACGUUAUGCAUAUUGUUGAACUGUAUGCAUAUUGUUCAUUUCUCUAGUCUCUUUGUGUUCUUUGAACAAAGAUGUUUUAUAUGAGUAUCUAACAGUGAUGAAAUAAUAGAACAGAGAGGCUAAGUUGUCACUGUGGCAACCGUCGCCGAUAACCGAGUAAUAUUUUAAUGAUUGUAAGGUUUGUAACUAGUCAUUUAAGAAAAAAAGACUAUUAUAAAAAUCUAGUUCUUAGAUGUUUAGAGUAAAGAUGUUAUUUUCUACUGUAUCCAUUUCAAAUAGUAACUAUUGUUUUAAUAUUUUUACUCUCCCUGGAAAUUGGGCCAUGUUGGAAAACAAGCUGCAUAUUUGAUCACUUUUUUGGGGGCGUUGCUGGCGGGGUCAGGUGAACGUGGCGAGCAGGGAACCGAGUCUGCACACUCGUCUCUUACUCAGCCAACUGCAAACAACAAGGGUGGGGUGGGGAAUCUCAAGGCAACAAAGGUGAUAAAGGUUGACUUUUUUGCACUUCUGUACAUAGUCAAAAAAGAGAGAAUCAUGUAUAUUGAGAUCUUAUUUUGAAUAAAAAAAAUUAUGUCUAUAACGACAAGGAAUUUUGCUAGGAUAACAAAAAAAAUCUUAUGAAAGGCUGAACAAAAUUGCUUGCAUCAAAAGGGCACCGAGUUCUCGCUCUCCGACCCCUUUCAGAAAAGGCCAAGUGUUGCUCUUCUUUUUUGUCAGCAGCUUGUAGUUUGCCAGGUAACCUUCCGGAGGAGGCGUCCACUACCCUCCAGCAAGGGCCUGUGACUGGGUUUGUCUGGUCCCCUAACCUGCCUGUACCCACAGGUCUGUGUGUCAUGGCCACGCCCUCCCAGGCCCAACCAAUCACAACACGUCCUGUCUCUUUACUUUACUCAGAGAGGAAUGCAUGUUAAAGGAAAUACAUAUACCGUUAAAAAAAAAAAUCACGACAGUAAUAU